AUGCGUAAUAUUAUUCAUGCAAGAUGUCGUGAAAAAAGGCCAGUACAUCGACUUUAUCCAGCUAUUAUUGAAAAGAGACGAUCUCGAGCUUGGCGUAUGUACCGACGAUUAUCAAAUGAAAAGUAUAAGAAUUAUCUAACUACUGAUGAAGCAUGGUUUUAUCUCGAUUCGAGUCAAGAGCCACUUAUUGAAUAUGAUAUUCCUCGUUUAUUUCCUGGUGAUAUGCAAAAGAAAAUGGUGCUGCAUCAAGACAGUGCUCCUGGUCAUGUCACAAAGUAUACAAGUUCUUAUAUGAAGGAACAUAACAUUAAUGUUAUAAUGCCGCUUGACUGGUUACCUACGAGUUCUGAUGCUGCAGCAAUGGACUAUUCAAUAUGGGCGAUUAUGAAAGAACGAGUACGAAAGCACAAAGUGCCAACAUUGAAAGGACUAAAAAAUGCUAGAAAAGUUGAGUGGGGAAACCUUGAGCAAGACAUUAUCGACAACGCUUUGGGAAGUUGGGCAAAGCGUUGUAGUAUUGGUCAAAAUAAGCUUCCAUUCGUAGCUAAUCAGAUAAAAUCAAUUCAUCUUUCAAACGAUGACGAUACUCUUCAACAUCCAAGUUUAUUCUUUUCCUAUGGUUUUCGUUUUCAACAAUUUACGAAAUUACGAUCACUUACAUUAUAUUAUAUUCGUUCAACAGAUUUAAUUAAUAAUAUUAUAAGCGACUGUUCUCAUUUAAUUGAUCUUAAUAUUAGUUCAUUAGAAACAGUGACAAAUCUUCCAAAAAGUAUGCCUAAUCUAUCUGAAUUAAUUAUUGAAACAGAUGGUAUUUACAUUAAUGGAUAUUGGUGGAAACAAAUAAUUAUUAGUAAUUUACGUAAAUUAAGAGUAUUUAGAUUAUUGAUGUUCUAUGAAAGUGAUAUAGAGAAAACUAUACAUGAAGAAAUCGAUCAAUUACUUGAAUCAUUUCAAACGAAAUUUUGGCUUGAUGAACAUCAAUGUGAUAUGUCAAAAUCGACUUGUCCAAUAGAUAAAAAAUAUAGUUCCUCAAAGUAUGUCAAUAUCCUUAUUCUUGAUUAUUUUUUAUUAAAAUUCGCAUCAAAAUUUCCACUUCAAUUUCCAAAUAUUCAUCAUCUGGAAUUAUCCUGUCCAUUUGAUGAUGUUCUUUGGUCCGUUAUACCAAAAUUUGAUAGACUAGUAUCAAUUGAAUUAGUAUCGAUUAUUCAUCCCGAUGAAACUGAUCAAUCAAUAACUGAUCUUCAUCAACUACUCGAUCGAGCUCAUUAUCUUCAUUCAAUAACAAUGGAUUAUUUAAUUAUUUCACAAUUAGCACUAUUCUAUGGUUUAGAAUGUAUUUCAUUGAUUCAAUCGUUAUUAGGUGAUCAAUGCGAAGUGUUAUUAAUCAAUAUUGAAAAUCGAUCAAUAGUUGUUGAUCUAAUUGAAAACGUGCCAAAUCUUCGUGCAUUAACUUUUCAAUGUCAAGAUGAUCGAUGGGGUGAUACCAACGAAUCAUUCAUUAUUUAUCGAAGAUGA